AUGGCUCCCAACAGGUAUUACUGCCCGAAGUGCAAGAUUGUAUAUUGCGGGGACUGUUCAUUGACCAUUCUUCCGACGGAAAACGAGAUGCAGAAGACGCGCCCUUGCAAGGACUGCCGGGCAACGGCGGCUGCGGGCGGCAAGCAGGCGGCUUCCAAGCGUCGGCAAUCCCAAGACGACGACGACGACGAUGACGGCGCGGAAUCUCGCACCGGGCAGGGGAGAGCGAAAAAAAAGGGCAAGGCGGGUGGCUCUCCGAAGAAGAACGCCGUCAACCCGCUACCUUCUUCGCCAGGCGCAGAGUAUGACGUUAAGGUCGCGCGCAGGAUUGCGAGCACCUGCAUCCACGAGUCGACUCCACUGAGUUCUGGCUUCGGUGACCUAGACGUCGGGGUGCUGAAGCUAGAGAACGGUCUAGCGAAGCUGGUCUUUGUCCCCCUUGGUCUCCACGACCAUCUGCUCCAGGAAAACCCGUCAGCCCAGGUGCACAUGAAAGGGCUCCUGUAUCACGUCUGCAAAGAACUGUUGCACCCGGAGGGAACAGUUCUGGUGUCCUUGCCUGUCCCCAUCUACAAGCACCAACGCUGCAUCGUGGAACACCUACAGCAGCCCGGACUAGGGAUGGUCGUCGAGGACCACGGGUUGGUUGUCGAAUACGGCUCCCGGGGAGGCGGGCUGACCGCUGAAAGCAAGAAGAAGUUCAUCGGCGGCGCACUCGACCACUACAUCGUGGCUCACCACAACGGCUGCGGUGACGGUGGUGGAAUGAACUUCACCUGCAACGACACCGUAACGCCGCAGAGCUUUACUGGCAGACGUUCGGCAGGAUCGAGCGAUGGAAGUACGUGGAGUACCGCCAGCGGCAGGCGUAUCCCUUCGCCACUCAUGGGUGACGUACCUCGCAAGGGGGUUACCCGGGGAUACCAUGACAAUGUCGUACAGUUCGCAAUACAGCGUUGGACGAAGGCGGGAGACACAGUGGUGUCCAUGCACGCGGAGUCGGAUGGCGUAGUCGAAUGUGCGCUAAACUUGGGGAGGAAGGUAGAGGCCUUUCUCGUCGCGUCGGAGCAUCAUGGUGCCGUCACCACCCGCGUCGAGGAAGCAUGGGAGGGCGCAUGGAGGAAGGGACUGUUUACUGACGACGGCUCCGCGUCGGAGAUCACGUACAUCUCACACGGCUCUCUACCGGAUGGCAUCCCCGAGACCACCACGCCUAAUCGCAUUCUCGCAGACGUCAACACCAGGACCAACAACUUGCGUGAAGGCGGCAGCGUAGAUGGUGCUACUCCUGACGAGCGGGCUCUUCUGGGAGCUGCCCAAGCAAUUGCAGAACAAAUGGGGUGGGUCAUCAAGGUUAACUCCGACGACGACUUGCCCUACUUGUGCGCUAGGAACAAGACAUCGUACCAGACAACCCAUAACGACAUUCCCGUUUCGGGAAAUCCAGUCGUGUACGAUUCCCACGGGCAGGCGCUCGACUCCCUCAACAUUGAAGACCACAGCACAGACCUUCAGUUCGUGCGCCUCGUCCGCGUGGCGGACAACGGACUACUCAAGAAAAUGUGCCCCAAGAACCAGAUUGUAAAGCACUCGGAGGCCGCGCUCUACCUGCGCGUCGCGGAGUCGUGCCCAGCGUAUUACGCCUGCUGCGAACAAGGCAAGGACAAGAGCAGCGCGCACCACGAGAUCUCCAGCUACCUUCAACGGACGGACAACCGCGAGACGCUGAUUGGCGCCUUCAAUGACGGCGUCCCCGGAUACCACGCGCCAGUAAGGCUCGUUGUAACCGGACGAAUCGCCGCAUCCAACCCGGGAGUUGCCGUUUGCGUUGACCCUGGUGUGAGUGUCAUCUGUCCCCAGACGUCUGGCCCAAGUAGUUUGUCAGGCCAGGGGUCGCCGGAAGGGUCGGACGCAGGAGGAGGAGAAGAAUAUGUGGGAAGUGACGUCCAUGCGCAUGUUGACUAA